AUGUGUGUCUUUUUAUACGGAGGAGGGAGGACUAGUGGUUGUGUUCUUUAAAAAAGCCAGUGGAAUAUUUGCCCAGUCACUCUGGCGUACGAUCGCUCAUUCGCUCCUGCCACUGUAAUAGCUUGGGGCGACGAUAAUGGAGGUUUUACCGACGAUCAUGGUAACCAACGACGAUGGUAUCGACGCUCCUGGCUUGCGAGCAUUAGUGCGCGUCCUUGUCUCCACCAAUCUUUACCAUGUUCGAGUUUGUGCACCUGAUUCGGAAAAAUCAGCUGUAAGCCAUGGGAUCACUUGGCGUCAUCCUAUUGCUGCCAAGAAAGUGGAGAUCGAGGGUGCCACAGCUUUUGCAGUUGCAGGCACGCCAGCAGAUUGUUCUUCUUUGGGAAUCUCAGAUGCUCUGUUUCCAUCAGUUCCGGAUCUGGUACUUAGUGGCAUAAAUAUGGGAAGUAACUGUGGUUAUCAUAUUGUUUACUCUGGGACUGUAGCCGGGGCUCGAGAAGCAUUCUUCAACAAUAUACCAGCAAUAUCUCUGUCAUAUGAUUGGGUUGGAGGUGUGAGCAAUAUUGAUGACUAUGGUCUAGCUGCUGAAGCAUGUCUACCUAUCAUAAAUGCAGUGCUAGCUGAGAUUAAAAAUAAAACCUAUCCACAAAGAUGCUUUUUAAAUAUAGACCUGCCAACAAAUAUUCGGAGUCACAAGGGUUACAGAUUGACAACCCAGGGUAAAAGUAUCUUCAAAAUGGGAUGGAAGCAAAUUACAUCCACUGCCCAAGGAAAAAUGUUGUCAACAAUGGAGAUGGAUAUGGACUCAUCAGAGUCUCUGGAUGUCAAAUCAUCAACAGUGUCUCAAGGCCAACAAUUUUUUAGGAGAGUGGCGAUAGAACACUCAAUUGAAGAUACUGAUAUUGAUACCCGAUCUCUCCAAGAAGGAUAUAUAUCAGUUACCCCUCUGGGUGGAAUCUCGCCUGCUGAGGCAGAAUGUCAGGAAUUCUUCAAAGGUUGGCUUCCUGGUGUCAUGGAGCGCUCUUUUUCAGCCUCAGCCUUGUGAUUAGGGAGUUCCAUAUAACUUCUCAAAAACUAGUCAUUCAUUAAUUUCAUAAAUAUUCUUUACUCCGAUUUAUAUGGAGUUAUAAUAUCUUGUUGAGAUCUUGACUUUCACAGUAGAUUGCUCUUCAACUACUCCGUAUAUGAUAGUGUCGUGUCUAAAAAAUGCUUUCAUGAUGAAAUCUACCGUCAAAGUGAAUACCUCCAAAAAGUCAAUCAUCACUUCAUAAAAUCGGGAGUAUGAAUUAAAAUUUACAUAUCCCUGUUGUGUUUAGGUAGCUUAAUUUUGUAUAUUCUUAGUGUUCUUCGACUCUCUGGCUGAAAGGCCUGACAUAAGCAUAAUAUUUGCUUGAUUUUCAAAAACAAUAAAAUUAUGUCCCUUUUUAAUGUAAAUUAUCUUUCGCUUUUUCCUAUAACUAGACUUGGUUAUUGGAUAGGGUAGCCUAAUGAUAAUAGGGUUAUGAUCAAGCUUAUAAGGCCUGUAAUGGACAGGGUUUGUAAUGGACAGAGCCCUUAUUGGGUAGGGUCAAUAUAUGACCAAAUGUUUGUCCAAUUUAAUACAU